ACUUAGAAGUGUAACUCAUCAAAAAUACAUCGCAGUAGUUACGUGAGAGUUUUCAAACGCUAAUUUUUAUAUAUUAACAGUGCUUUUAUGAAAUUUUUUCUUCGAAAAAGUGUCUGGCAGUGAUUGUACAAAUGUAUUAGCAUAAAAAGUCGAAACCUAGCAACUGCGAUUACUUCAAACCAAAUAACUUGAUCGAUAUCAGGAUCAAGAUCUGGAAUACGAAGUCCACAAUGGAGCAGCUAUUUCAGAACUACCGCGACGAUGAGCGGAGGAUCGGCGAGGAGUACCUGUCCAGUCUGCAGGACCUCAACUGCAACAGCAAGCCAUUGAUCAAUAUGCUCACGAUGCUUGCCGAGGAGAACAUCAACUACGCCCACAUCAUUGUUAAAGUGGUGGAAUAUUACAUCAGCCAGGUGGCGCCCGAAUUUAAAUUGCCCAUACUAUAUUUAAUUGAUUCGAUAGUAAAGAAUGUGAAAAGCAGCUACGUCCAAUUGUUUGGACAAUGCAUAGUCAACAUAUUCCUCAACGCCUUUGAAUCGGUACAGCACUCACAGUCGCAGGUUUUGGAAAAGGUGCGGGAACGCAUGUACGCCCUGCGUCAGACCUGGAACGAGGUCUUCCCGCCAUCCAAGAUGUACGCCCUGGAUGUUAAGGUGAAGCGUCUGGAUAACAACUGGCCCAUCACGGCCAAACAGCCAACUAAUAAAAUUCACGUCAAUCCGGCCAUUCAUGUGAAUCCAGACUUUUUGAAAACGGGUAUGGUUCCUGUGAUGCCCGUUAACCCCACAAUGCCCAGCGACAUGGAGGAGAUACUGCAAGCCAAAACUCGCGAGUUGCUGGAGCUCAAGAAGCGCAAACUGGAACUCGAGCUGGAGCAAACCAAAAAGCAUUUAGAGGAGCAGGAGCGUCAGCUCAACCAAGCCACUGACGCGAUGGCUGGAGCACCGAUUAUCAUGCCUGCACCUUCUGGAGCUGCUAUUCGUCCGCCAAUCACAGAUCCCAAUCUGGCAGCGCGUAAUCAACGAGCACCAGGAGCAAUGGGCAAUGUCGGUCCCAUGCAUAACAUGCCAGCGGCCCAGCAGAAUUUUGCCAAUAAACCAAAAGUCAAUCCGGUCAAUCCGGCACUGCUGAACUCGGUGCGCCAACGAGAUCCGAGACUAGCGCGCCAGAUGCAGUCGCAGUCCUCACAUCCAGCUGCGCCGGCACGUAACGAUCCUCGGCUGGCGUCCAAAUCGAGCUCCUCACAGAAGUCUAGUCGGUCGCGCAGCAAAUCGCCUGUGCGCAACAGCAGCAGUCGCUCUGUAAAAAGUGGAAACUCUAGCCACAGCAGUUCGUCGAGCCGCAAGCGUAGUGAGUCCAAGAGUUCUACGGCUUCCUCAUCUUCGUCGGGCUCUGAUGUUCGACACAAGGGCGGCCCUGGCAGCAGCUCCAACCAAUCUCCAGUCAAGCGAUCCGGUAAGAACUCGUCUAAGGAUUCGGAUCGCUAUGUUCGCAAUGGAUCUCCUUCGGCAUCUGCGAAGCGCAAGAGCAGCUCACCGAGUAGCUCGCCCUCGAAAUCCAAGCGCAGCACGUCGCACAAGUCAUCUUCAUCGCGAGGAAAGACUUCUUCUGGACGAUCCCGCAGUCGAUCUCCAGUCUUCAUGGACGUUGACUUGCGCAGCGGAGUCCGAAGCAAGUCACCAGAGAGCAGGACAGCGGCCACAUCAUCCUUACCACUGGCGGGCGCAUCAGCAGCCGCAGCAGCUAAAGCACCAAAAGAUUUAGAGAAACCGAAUCUAUCAACAGUAUCACUGCUCAACUCAAAUCCCACGACUUCAGGAUCACCAUCAGCAUCUCUAGUCAGGCAAGCGUCGCCCAGUCCCUCGUCCUCGUCUAUUUCCUCGCAGGGUAAUGUAUCGGACGCCCUGCAGCAGUCGAUUACCAAGUUGCUGCAGGUGCAAGGUGGUUCCGGUGUCGCCGAGAAACGUCCCGCCGACGCACUACCGCCAGAGAUCGACGGUGAAGAACAGCCGCCGCAACACAAGCGCAGCAAGUCAGCCAAACUGGACGCUCUCUUUGGCAGUGAGGAUGUGGACCUGCGUCGCGAGAUUCCAGUCGUCAAGCCAGGAGUUAUUGUCGUCGAAGACGAUUCAUUGGACGACUGCGAUGUGGGCAAGCCCACAAAGAAAUCUGGCUCGCCGCCCAAGAAGGCAACGUUGGAGGAACUGCGCGCCAAGUUGGCGAACUCGGCUCGAAUCCAGAAUAAGCAGGGAAAGUCUGACAAAGCCAAGGAUCAGGCCGUGUCACAGCGCAUUAAGCAGCUAGCGGAGUUGAAAGUCAACGACGAUUCUCAGGAGGCGCACGACGAGAAGGUGCGCACCAUUCUCAGCCAGGCGCAGGAGAUGUAUGAGAAUCACGGCAUGAAUCAGGAGCAGUACAAGGAUCUUGUCCAAAAAGUGGUGGCCAUCAAUGAGAACAGCAAGAUAAAAGAAUCCCGACGCCGAGACGACGAUCUCGAGCGCAAUGCGGCCAGGGAUGCAGUGCUUCGCAAACGUAUUCCCAAGCUGAAGGGCAACGAAAAUCAUUCUAUGGGCUCACCGCAUAGCGAUGGAUCGCCCAGGUACGACGAUCAGCCGUCAGCUGCUCCGGAGAAGCCCACCAACAAAAGAGAUAAGACCAAGCGUGAUAUUAAGCGUCGCAAGCCCAGCAAAUGGGGCGACCAAGUGGAUCCAGGGGCAGCUCAACGCACUGCCUGGCAGCUGGCCAAUGCCAAUGCCAACAAUAAUAAUAAUAACAACAAGCGCGGCGGCAUCCAAUUGCCGGUUCAGCCUCAGCCCGGAUUCCGUGGCAUGCCUUGGCAGCAGCCACCAGCCAUGGUGAUGGCCCAGUCCGCAGUGCCGCCGCCCCCGCAACCGCCGUCGAUGAUUGGCAUGCCACCCGUGCCACCGGUGACCAUGACUAAGGCCAUUAAUUCCCUUGACAAUCCCAUGGCUGACGUAGUGCGAAGCAUCACGAUCGACGGUGGCUCCAAGGAGAUUCGCUUCUACAACCAGGUGGCCAUUAUCUUCAUGGAUGGCGAUCAGCCGCAUGAAAUUGGCUUCCAGCCGGGUCAGCGAGUGAUCCUCAUCGAUCACAAUGAACCGCUGCCGCUUUGCUUCAACGACGAUUACAAGCCGUUCCAGUUGGAUGGACAGCUUCACCGGAUUCGGUUUGGCUUCCCAUCGCGCGAACUUUACAUCGACGAGCACUGGUACGAGAUCUACUUUGGCGGUCCACCAGUAUCCGUGCCCAUUGGAAACAAACUGCAUAUAAUCAAAGCUGAGGGACCACCGCCCAACGUAGACAUUGGCCGAGUGCGAAGGGAUCUGGUUGUAGGCAAAAUCAAUAUGAUUGUAGAUGCGCACACUAUAGUGCCGCUCUUUCUGGACGCCAGACAGCAGACCUUCCAGCUGGGCGCCGAGCAGCAUUCGCUGCAGUUUGUGGACAGUUUCCAAUACGCUCUGCUCGACGGGCAGCUGCAGAAGAUCGAGUAUGGUGGUCUCCCCAAAGGAAUGAUGCUGAACGGCGGCCGCAGCUGCUUCAUUAGAUUUGGCACGCUGCCCAAAGGAGUCAUUGCAGGAAAAACCCACGUGGCAGAUAUGGUGUACAUUAAGACUGAUGCUCCUGCAGAGCCUCCCAAGCCGCCGCCAAUUAUUGUGAAACCACCGCCAGUGGUGGAGCAACCGAAACCCGCCCCAGUUGCUGUCGCCCCCAUUUCCCUUCCAGCAGCCGCCGCUGCUCUGGAGAGCUUGAACAUCAAUGAUUUGUUCCAAAAGCUUGUCUCGUCUGGAAUAAUUGGUGGUGCCGCUGCAGCACCAACUCUGCCUGCCGCAGACUCAUCAGCGGCCAAAGAGCCAACUACCUCUGCCACCGAAUCCUCAACUGUGUCUGCCACCGCAGCUCCUGCUCCAGUGCCUGCUGGUCCCCCCAUGGAGCCCAUCAAGCGCAUCGAUCUCCGCAAGCCAGAGACCAUCAAGACCCGCCAGGCGGCGGUGGUGGCCGUCCUCUACCUGGGAAUGCAGUGCAGCAGCUGUGGAGUGCGGUUCCCGCCAGAGCAAACAAUUAAGUACAGCCAGCAUCUGGAUUGGCACUUCCGCCAGAAUAGGCGGGAGCGGGAUUCCACUAGGAAAGCCACCUCGCGCAGAUGGUACUACGAUCUCAACGACUGGAGGCAAUACGAAGAAAUCGAAGAUGUGGAGGAGCGAGAAAAGAACUUCCUGGAGGCCCAGGGCCAGCCGGGCGGCAUUGAGGCCCUGGAAGAGCUCUCUCAACAACGCUCUCUGGACUCACCCGUGCCAACGUGUGCUGCCGGAACGGAUGAUGUGGAUCACUGCUGUGACAUGUGCCACGAGAAGUUCGAGCAGUUCUACAACGAAGAGCUCGAGGAGUGGCAUCUGCGAAGCGCUAUUCGCGUGGAAGAUAAGAUCUACCAUCCUCUAUGCUACGAGGACUACAAGACCUCGUUGAAUCCUCCAGCAGAGGUGAAGUCCGACCAGGACGUGGACAUGAACAACACCGAUGACAAUGCCAUGGACACACUGAUCAAAGUGGAGGACGAUGACGAUGAAGGUGCGCCCAAAACAUCACAAGCCAUUUUCGAUGACGAUGAUGACGACGUCAUCGUGCUGCCCAAUGAAGAGCCUAGUGUCACGGAAAUCGUCGACGACGACGAUGAGGACGAGUAUGUUCCGGGAAAUGUGACACGAGCGGACAUGGGCAAUGAGUCUCAGGACAAAACAGAGUCCAACUCCGAGACAAAAGAACCGGAGAAGGAUCAGGUUGAGCUGGGUGAACAGCCGCAAAACGAAUCGGCCAACGAAUCCGAUGUCGAGAUCCAAGAGCCAAACAUUCCUUUUACGGAUCUGGACACGUAUGUGGAGAAGGAGAUGGAUGAGGCCACCAAGGCUGCUCUGCUGAACGUAAAGAUCAAGGAGGAGCCCAAGGAUGAGUAUGAGGAGGACGAGGAUGAUGGAUUCGAAGAUGUGGGCACGGUGGUUUCGCUUUUGCCUCUGCCCGAGGACGAGAUCUCCAUUCACAGCAGCGAAACUCAAACACACACCAUCGGCUCGUCAGCUUCGCCGGCCACCAUCGAGCGGCCAGCAUCGGUGACCUCGCUCUCCCUGCCCGCCAAUGAGGCGGACGAGGUGGAGCAGGGCGAUGUGACCGCCGAUACGGAUACGGAAUUGAACGGGGAGAAGCAGGAGGCCACGCAUAACCUAAGCGCAGUGGGACCGGCGUUACCUUUGGCUAGCAUAGUUAAUAAAAUAAAGAUAAAUAUCACUAAGAAUACGAGUAGUAAUAGUCAUAAUAGUGCCUCCAACACCACGACAACGGACUCGCAAGUCUCGGCCAUAAGCGUCAUCGGUGGAUCAGGAGGAGCAGCUGGUGGUGCAUCCGGAGCCGCCGAUUCUGUCCAGCAGGUGAACGCCAUUCAAACCAUUUCCACCAUUCCAGUGCUGUGCGGCGGCAACACGUUCGUGCCGAAGAUUGCGACCAGCACGCCCUCCAACGUAAUCAGCUCGAUCUCGGUAAUUGGCAGCAAUUACGGCGGAAGCAGCAGCAACAAUGCCAGCCGAAGCACCACUGCCACCGCAUCCACAGCGGCUGCCACGCUUCCGGCGGAGACGGCCUGCCGGAAGUCGCCCACUCCGCCGCUCGCCACCGUUGAUCCGGAUCCGGAGCCCGUCGUGGAACUGAAGCCGGCGCUGCGCAACGCCACACUGAAGCGGACGAAGAAGGUGCAGAACGGCAUCGAGACGUCGGGCCUGUGCUCGAUCAUGUAAAAAGUCGGCCGCCUGAGUAGGAGUAGGAGGGAGGAGCAGGCGAUAUUCCUAAUUCAUUUUUACUACGAUUACUUUUACACGUUACUUAGUUUUAGAUAGCCAACGAGACGUUCUCCGCCAGAGAGCGGCACCUCGCGGUCUGUAGGUGGCCAAGUGUCCAAGUAUCCAAAUAUUUUUCGAUCCGGCGCGCUCACACUCGUAUAAAUAAAUUAUUACCGAAAA